GUGGCAGUUGUGGAUAAAGGGCUGCCCAGGCUUGGCAGUCCGCUUUCUGCUUUCUCCCGGAACCGCCUCUCAGCCUGUUGAGCUACUCAGAUCAACGCUGUGCCAUGCAAGAGGUCGUUCUGAGCCUGCUGGUCCUCCUAGCAGGCCUUCCUGCUCUAGAUGCCAAUGACCCUGAGGAUAAAAAUAGUCCUUUCUACUACGAUUGGUACCGACUCAGAGUCGGCGGGCUCAUCUGUGCAGGGAUUCUCUGUGCUGUGGGCAUCAUCGUCCUUAUGAGUGGAAAGUGUAAGUGCAAGUUCAGACAGAAGCCCAGUCACCGCCCAGGGGAUGGGCCGCCUCUCAUCACACCAGGUAAGACACUCAGGGGGCGGCAAGGGAUGGGGUUAGGGUCACAAGUGGCACCUGGAGAGGGAAUAUGCCUGCACUGGGGAGAAGGGGCUGGAGAGAUCCUUGCAAACUGACCCCAUCCCUCCUCCAGGCUCUGCUCACAACUGCUGAAGAUGGACCAGCUGAGGAGCACAGAGCGCCUCUGAGCCCAGGUCCUGGUUUUGGAGGUGG